CAAGAGGGAGGUGGUGCUAUUGCGCACAAGGCGCUAACCCUGCGCAAACUACAGCACAACUGCGUGUAUAUUCCCCGACCGGUUGUUAUGGAUAAAUGUGGAGGGAGAGGUGAGCGCCUGGUGAUCAUUUCGACUUGAACACGUCUGCAGUAACAUCAGUGAUGCUCUAUUGGAGGCUCUGAAGUCUGUGCGCGCUGAGACGGAUCAAAUUUGGAGUCGCCAGCAGCAGUGCGCUUCAGCUGGACACAAGACACACGAUCUGGGGGACUGGUCGCAUCGUUUUCUUAAAGUUUGCUGCCUUUUUGCAUUUUUUUUUUCUUCUUUACAGUGUGCAUUUGGAGCUGUUUACAUUUUGUGUUUCUUUAAUAUGGGGAAAGCUUGCGUAUCGGGCUGAUAUGUUUUGGCUCCGUGGAAGUUUAACCCUGCGCCCGCGCUCCUGAACUCCCAUCUUUGCAUUUUAAUUAUUAUACUUUAACUGGACACUGCAGGAGGUUUAAAACGACGGAGGGAAAUGGCCAGCGAGCGGAAACCGCGGCUUUGUAUCAUGGCAAAAGCGGAGAACGGGUAUGGAUUUCACUUGCAUGGCGAGAAAGGGAAGAGCGGACAGUACAUCCGCAAAGUGGAGCCUGGAUCCCCCGCAGAAGCGUCGGGGCUGCGCGCCGGGGACCGUGUGGUGGCAGUAAAUGGAGUUAACGUGGAGAAAGAGACACACCACCAGGUGGUACAGCGCAUCAAAGCUGUGGACAACGAGACCAGGCUGCUGGUGGUGGACCACGAGACGCACGAAAGUCUGCGCAGCCUCCGCCUCACAGCCACAGAGGAGAUGGCCGUCCUCGGGACCGGGCCUCCUUCCUCCUCCUCUCCCCCAGCCUCCCCCUCGCCUUCCCCGUCAUCGGUCCCAUCGUCCCCCAGCAAGAAGCGGGAGAACGGCUCGGUGUCCAAGCAGCCGGUGGCGCUGAGCAGCCAGGUGCAGAAGCCCACCAGGAGGUCACCAUCAAAGGCUGCGAAGAAGGAGGCUCUUGCCCAGGCUGAAGCCCAGGCCCAGGCCCAAUCACGGACCCAAGUCGACCCAUCUGAGCUCGUUCCACGUCUGUGCCACCUUAUGCGGUCUGAGACGGGCUACGGCUUCAACCUCCACAGUGACAGAUCCCGGCCCGGACAGUACAUCCGCUCCCUGGACCCAGGAUCCGCUGCAGACCACGCCGGGCUCCGACCGCAAGACAGGCUGAUUGAGGUAAAUGGUGUGAACAUCGAGGGCAUGCGGCAUGCAGAGGUGGUGGCCUUCAUAAAGAAAGGUGGAGAUGAGACCUGGCUGUUGGUGGUCGAUCCAGAGACAGACGAACACUUCAAGAGGAGGGGGAUCAUCCCCACAGUCAGCCAUAUCAGAGACUACGAUGGUCCGUCCAUAUCCAACGGCUCCCCCAACCCUCAGAUCAACGGCAGCUCCACCACACAGUCCAUCAGGUCCACACACUCCGACCUCAGCAGCCAGGGCAACAGCACACAGCUGGCGGAUGAUGACGGUGGCCGGAUGGACCCUUUUGCCGAGAUGGGCCUGAGUCUGAGCGCUACGGCAGCAGAAGAGAAGAUGAAGGUCCACGCCAAAGAAAAGAAGAAGGCGCCGCAGAUGGACUGGAUGAAGAAAUACGAGCUGUUCAGCAACUUCUGAGACUUUCCCCUCCGUGGACUCUGUAAACACCACAGAUCUGAGCUCUCUGCAGCUCGCUCCCUCAUACAACCGAAGAUAUUUUGUUCCUGGAAUUCAAUGUGACGAAAGGAAAAGGUUGUACGACGGAUUCUCUUUUAAGCCACUAUGGAGACUCUUUACCAGCUAUGUUACCCUCUUCAAAACAAAGUGCUGACUGCAAAAACUGUGUAUACUUUGCUACAAUCACACUGUUCAGAAGGAAGAGCAUUUUGAAAAGCUCCAGAUACGUGUACUUCUAUUAGAUGGGAGUCUUGCAAUCAAGUUUUCACAAAUUUGCCUAAAUCCUCAUCACCUUUUCUCCACUUUGAUCACCCCAUUAUCCCCGCUCAUAGAGACUCAAAUAAGGGAGAUAGUUAUUUUUAUAUUUAAAAAGUAUAAACACCUAUUAAAAAAACAGCAUCCCAUCAUCACGGACUGCAUUUUAAAGAGUUUUAUGGACACUGUGACAUUAAUGAUUGUGGACAUUGUGGGAGUUUUGGCCCAAAGUUGGCAGAAGAUCACUGUGAAAGAGUUGAGACCCUCCACCUCGAGCCCACGCAGAUGUUUGAUCACAAUCACUGACAAAGAAAAGGAUGGCUUUGUGUAACAUCUCCUACAUGUAUUUGUAUUUUUACAUAGAGUUAAUUAACUGGUCGUCAGAUCAGCUCGGCUUUACUUGUUAUAUUAGCACUCAGUCUUACUAAUGUAUCACCACUAACCUCUUUUCCCAAAGUGCUCCAGUGGACGUGCAUAACCAAGGGAAGCACCACUAACAUUAAAUUUAUUGAUAAAGUAAACAAUGGAAACUGGAACGUCUUAGAAAGGAAGGUUUUCUCAGGGCAUGAUGAAUGAGUGAAUCAUUAGAGGGUGCUUGAUGUGUGCAGCAGAGGGCAACCUGACACCACAAAUACAGGCUCCUCUUGACACUUAAACUAAACAGACUAAAUGUUUAUCCUGGCUUUUUUAAUGGGGGUUGUGUCGGACUGUUUCUCAGGCCUUGUUUACACAUAUACAGAUAUUUUUGAAAGCUUAUAUUUUCCCCUCUGUUUUAUAAGAUAAUUCUGAUACGAGUGAUGCUCUGGACAUGCUGAAAUCCCGCUCCAGAAAGUGUCCCACUAUCUGCUUGUUCAACCAAGUCUGAUCCAAAACUGUUGUUUCUGGAGGACUCUAAACUGCAGGUGCUGAGCUGGAGCAAAACCAUUGGAUGCAGCCAUAUAUUUAAAGAUAACAGAAUACAGGACCCCAAGAUGGCGCCUAUUUGUUCUAAAGGAAAUACGCCAAGAAGUGUUAAAGCUUCCAGGUUUACUUCAGCAUGUAGUGUUUCUCCAGUCGCUCCACCCACAAGGUCCUGCUCAACUUAGAGACUUCACAUUGUGAUGAUGUCAUGGAUUUUAAAUCACAUUUACUAGCUUGAGUUUUCAUAUAUAAAAUCUCCAUGGCUCAAAAACGCAUCAUAUAAAGUCAUAAUUGACCUUGUGUGCAGUUUGAGGUGUCUCGUCAAUAGUUUGACAGAUGUUGCAGGGUAUUUUUUUCGCUGCAAUACUGCAAGGGGCCACUUGAAAAAAAUCCCGAGGGUUCCUGGGGUCCUGGGUGCAGCUGACAACUCUGUUGGUCUGCAAAGUAGGCAUGCCAAUACAGUCUCACUCUGACCUCUUUACAUAUUGACAUUUGGUCAUGGACUUUCCAUGUCCACAUAUUACAUGCAAGGUAUCCUGGGUGCGAUGGUUGUUGACAUUCUGGGACACUGUCAAGUUCUGCCAGUUACAUGCAUUGUCUUCUUUCAAAAUACACUUCCAUUUUCCCAGAAAAUUUAACAUUUACAUACAGUCUCUUUCAAAAUAAACGCACUAUGUCAGUGCAACAAUGCAAAUUGACGCUUUUUUCCUUUAGGAAAAAAUAAUGGGUUUGGCUUUAUAAUCUCAGGGGACGCAAACACCACUCUCCCAGGUGAACGUCAGUGUUUGUUGGACCCAUCCACCACCCCUCUCGCCUGCCCUACUCGCACUUUCGCCAUCUUAUUUCCAUUCUCGUCCUGCUCAUUUCCCCCUGAGCACUGUUAAACCAAAAUGGCGACUGGCCAUUUAUCUUGCCAACAUUAAAGGACAGUUUUGUUUUGUUUUUUUGUUAGUGUCUGACUUUAAGUGAGACUGGGUUGGGCAUGCACAAAUUAAGGAGAUCAUUUACCACACGUUCUGUUUUACACGCCCACACAGAUAAACAGUAACUGAACUUUUAGAAAACCUUUCAGAGACCUACAACUCUGAUUGCGUGGAGAUGAGGCAAAAAAAAAAAGUAGACACAAAUAUUUGCAUACGUUUACACAAGGCCUUAGUUAGGAGCCAUAACUUCCUGGAGUAUUCACUGGUUGCCUGGCAACAGCUCAAGGCCAAGAAACAGUCUGGUACAAAACUGCAUAUUGUAGUUUUUAUACUUGUAGACAAACAAGACAUAACAGGCUAAUUAGUGAACUUACGGGGUGCCAGGCUAGCUGUUUCCCCUGUUUCUACUCUUUGUGCUAAGCUAAGCUAACUGGCUGCUUGCGUUAGCUUCAUAUUGAACAUGCAGACAUAAGAGCAUUACAGAUCUUCUUGUCUAACUUUCCAACAGAAAGCAAGAGUAUUUCCCAGGAAAGUCAUAUUAUUCCUUAAAUAAGAACAGGGUGAGGAAAGAGGCUCAGAAGUGCAACAUGAGUGUGAGCAGGUCGUGGGGCGGAGAGAGAGCAGGAGAAGCUACACAGUGAGGUCAGAGAUGCUCUGAAGGAUCUAGUGAAAGAGACUGUGGGAGCCAUGGAGCGUACAGAGGAUUACUACACACACACAGGGACAGCUGUCUUACACACAUUUGGAGCAUGAUCUGUGUAUGUGUGGACUGGAGAAGGUAUACAUGCCGCAAUCCACGCAGUGUUGACACAAUGCAUUACAACAAGUGGAGAGUCAUCUAUGUGGACAUGUUGUCUUUGUUUUGUAUCCAUUCACACCCUUUACAGAGCACACACACUACUCUAACGGUAGUGUCUAGAUUCAUCCUCGUACAUCCGUCUGUGUGUGGAGUAGGGCUCACUCUGUUUGUUCUAACAGUCACAGCAAAAACUCUAUGUUACCAUGGCUGAUGUAUAUACAGUAAAGCAUACAGUAUAUAUGGCAGGUUGCAUUUUUUUCAAUAAAGUGUGACAAUGGCGUUUUGGAAUAUUUUAAA